ACACAGAGACCCGUAGCCUCGCACAGAGACCCGUGGACACGCACAGAGACCCAUAGACUCGCCUAGAGAUUCAUAGACUCGCAUAGACACCUACAACUAACCAAAGACUCGCAUGGAGGACCCGUAGCGUUGUAACCAAUAGUCGCAGCAUCGGAGGUUUCACUGGCAAGCAAUGAACGCCGCUCACGCGUGGCACAGAUCCAUCGGGGACGUGCUGCCCUCUACUGGAUGAGGGUGGAUCGGAGCGUCACCUGAAGAAGGAGAAGAGGGGGAUCUCGGGGAUAGCUCUGUGAUGUCCGCUUCCGCGUGCCGUUCCGCGAGAUUUUUUUUUCCCGUACGGAAUUUCCUCGUCAUUUCAAAAAAAAAAAAUCCGCAGAUUUCCAAGUUCUUCAUUUCAACAAGGCGAGUCAAAAUUGAUAUAGUUGUAAUAAUUUUUGUUGUCAUUUUCAUCCCAUCAUUAUUAUUGUGUAAACAUAUUUGCAUCGGUAUCAUCGUUAUUUUGUAAUUGUAAACAAAAACAAUUACCGCUCACUUUCGCUCCGACUCAAAAUCGCGCGCCUUAAUUAUUGCGGGAGGCUCACUUGAUGGACCGGUUUUGGAGUGGCUGUGCCGGGCUUGUAAUUAGCCGCUUGCUUUGGGCACGGUGGUGGCCGGUGGUCAAAACUUAUCUCCCCGUCUUCAGCCUUCAAUCUAAAACAAAUCAUUAGAGUUGAUCAAUAUUUCGUAAUUUUUAAUUUCAUAAACAUUUUGUACAUUUUUAUUUUAUCAAUAUUUUAUGAACAUUUUUUUUUUAAUUUGAUCAUCAUUAUUUUGUAAUCGCAAAGGCAUUACAAUCGCCGCUCGUUUUCGCUUCGACUCAAAACUCGCGCGCCUUAAUUAUUAUUAUUGUUGCGGGAGGCUCACUUGAUGGGCUGGUUUGGAGUUGCGGCUCUCGGCCGGGCUUGUAAUUAACCGCUUGCUAGAGCCUCCCUCCAUCUCUUCUCUGGAAGGCCCCACUUUCUCACGCCCCCCCUCUCUCUCUAUGGAGGCCCCCCCCACCUCUCGAACCCUCUCCCCCUUACUCUCUAGAAGGGGGGACCCCCACCCCCCUCUAAAGCUACCCCCCUCCCUCCCUCUGCCUCGAGGAGUUGGGAGUCUUCCUCCUAUUCCAUGAGCAGUGACACGAGUCGGGGAUUUUCAGAAUGCUGCGCCUUGGGCGCUUUUUUUUCUCUCUCCUCCUUCAUAUUUCUUGGUCCUUUCGGUAAAGUCACGCGGAAGGUGGGAUUAAUAAAAGUAAGAAAGAUAAACCAAUGGAAUGUGUUACUUCCCUUCUGCGUGGUGACUUUACCGAAAGAACCAAGAAUGCGAAUCGCGGCGGUCACGCAAAGCUUUAAAUCGAAAACACAAAAAAAUGUUCGGUUAAAGUUUUUGCAAUUUUAAUAUUUCCCCCCCCUCCCCCCCCCCCCGUGAGUUUAAGUUUUAAAUCGUCCUUUGAUCAAUGUGCCAAACGAUGAAACGUGCGCGUGCGUGCGCGUGCGUGUGUGUACAUAGACACUUUUUACAACUCGGCAAGCAAAGUUAUUGAAAACCAUUUACGUCAACGAUAAUAGGUAGGUUUGUUUGUUUGAGUGUGUGUUUUUUUUGGGGGGGCUGAGUCUACCUAUAAGUAGGACGCGACGCGAGGCGGGGAGGGGUUGUGAGCGGGACCGUGCGCCGUCAGUCGCCAGAGACGUGGAACCUCAACGGGGAACUCUCACGUGGUUGAAUAGAGGAGUUCAGCCAAUCAGAGACCUUGAAUCUCAACGGGGAACUCUCACGUGGUUGAAUAGAGGAGUUCAGCCAAUCAGAGACCUUGAAUCUCAACGGGGAACUCUCACGUGGUUGAAUAAAGGAGUUCAGCCAAUCAGAGUCCUUGAAUCUCAACGGGGAACUCUCACGUGGUUGAAUAAAGGAGUUCAGCCAAUCAGGAACCUUGAAUCUCAACGGGGAACUAUCACGUGGUUGAAUAAAGGAGUUCAGCCAAUCAGAGUCCUUGAAUCUCAACGGGGAACUCUCACGUGGUUGAAUAAAGGAGUUCAGCCAAUCAGAGUCCUUGAAUCUCAACGGGGAACUCUCACGUGGUUGAAUAAAGGAGUUCAGCCAAUCAGAGACCUUGAAUCUCAACGGGGAACUCUCACGUGGUUGAAUAAAGGAGUUCAGCCAAUCAGAGACCUUGAAUCUCAACGGGGAACUCUCACGUGGUUGAAUAAAGGAGUUCAGCCACUCAGAGACCUUGAAUCUCAACGGGGAACUCUCACGUGGUUGAAUAAAGGAGUUCAGCCAAUCAGAGACGUCGAAUGGGGAACUCUCACGUGGUUGAAUAAAGGAGUUCAGCCAAUCAGAGUCCUUGAAUCUCAACGGGGAACUAUCACGUGGUUGAAUAAAGGAGUUCAGCCAAUCAGAGUCCUUGAAUCUCAAUAGGGAACUCUCACGUGGUUGAAUAAAGGAGUUCAGCCAAUCAGAGACCUUGAAUCUCAACGGGGAGCUCUCACGUGGUUGAAUAAAGGAGUUCAGCCAAUCAGAGACGUCGAAUGGGGAACUCUCACGUGGUUGAAUAAAGGAGUUCAGCCAAUCAGAGUCCUUAAAUCUCAACGGGGAACUCUCACGUGGUUGAAUAAAGGAGUUCAGCCAAUCAGGAACCUUGAAUCUCAACGGGGAACUAUCACGUGGUUGAAUAAAGGAGUUCAGCCAAUCAGAGUCCUUGAAUCUCAAUAGGGAACUCUCACGUGGUUGAAUAAAGGAGUUCAGCCAAUCAGAGACCUUGAAUCUCAACGGGGAACUCUCACGUGGUUGAAUAAAGGAGUUCAGCCAAUCAGGAACCUUGAAUCUCAACGGGGAACUAUCACGUGGUUGAAUAAAGGAGUUCAGCCAAUCAGAGUCGUUGAAUCUCAACGGGGAACUCUCACGUGGUUGAAUAAAGGAGUUCAGCCAAUGAGAGUCCUUGAAUCUCAACGGGAAACUCUCACGUGGUUGAAUAAAGGAGUUCAGCCAAUCAGAGUCCUUGAAUCUCAAUGGGGAACUCUCACGUGGUUGAAUAAAGGAGUUCAGCCAAUCAGAGACCUUGAAUCUCAACGGGGAACUCUCACGUGGUUGAAUAAAGGAGUUCAGCCAAUCAGAGACGUCGAAUGGGGAACUCUCACGUGGUUGAAUAAAGGAGUUCAGCCAAUCAGGAACCUUGAAUCUCAACGGGGAACUCUCACGUGGUUGAAUAAAGGAGUUCAGCCAAUCAGAGACCUUGAACCUCAACGGGGAACUCUCACGUGGUUGAAUAAAGGAGUUCAGCCAAUCAGAGACCUUGAAUCUCAACGGGGAACUCUCACGUGGUUGAAUAAAGGAGUUCAGCCAAUCAGGAACCUUGAAUCUCAACGGGGAACUAUCACGUGGUUGAAUAAAGGAGUUCAGCCAAUCAGAGUCCUUAAAUCUCAACGGGGAACUCUCACGUGGUUGAAUAAAGGAGUUCAGCCAAUCAGGAACCUUGAAUCUCAACGGGGAACUAUCACGUGGUUGAAUAAAGGAGUUCAGCCAAUCAGAGUCCUUAAAUCUCAACGGGGAACUCUCACGUGGUUGAAUACAGGAGUUCAGCCAAUCAGAGUCCUUGAAUCUCAACGGGGAACUCUCACGUGGUUGAAUAAAGGAGUUCAGUCAAUCAGAGACCUUGAAUCUCAACGGGGAACUCUCACGUGGUUGAAUAAAGGAGUUCAGCCAAUCAGGAACCUUGAAUCUCAACGGGGAACUCUCACGUGGUUGAAUAAAGGAGUUCAGCCAAUCAGAGACCGUGAACCUCAACGGGGAACUCUCACGUGGUUGAAUAAAGGAGUUCAGCCAAUCAGAGACCUUGAAUCUCAACGGGGAACUCUCACGUGGUUGAAUAAAGGAGUUCAGCCAAUCAGAGACCUUGCAUCUCAACGGGGAACUCUCACGUGGUUGAAUAAAGGAGUUCAGCCAAUCAGAGACCUUGAAUCUCAACGGGGAACUCUCACGUGGUUGAAUAAAGGAGUUUAAAGUGGCGAACGUGAAUGCAGACCGGGUUAGGUCGCGACGUCUCUCCUGUGAUGAUGUGACGACUACAAUACUGAUUAUAACUAUAAUAAUGAUUAAUGACUUAGAUGUGAAAAAAGUGCCUUAUUUCAUAUUAACCGUUGUGUAAUUUAUAAGUGUACAUUCGCUAGCGGACGGUCUGUGAAUCUCAAGUGUCCCGUGGCGCGUUUUAAGAGCGAGCGGCGAAGGAAUCACGAACAUUGAUACCGGA